AGCCAAAAGGUGGCUCACACACCAGGUCAGCGUAGGAACCGCAAGGCCGGGGCAACGCUCGCUGCGGGCCAUGGCGAGGAAAAAGGAGGACGAGGGGGUGCAGGACUUCGCCACGAUGUUCUCGUGGCUGUUCGGCAUGUCCCUGCUCGGCGGAGCAGGCGCUACCCUGCUGGGCCUGUCGGUGGUGCCUGCUCUGGGCCGCCACGGCCGCUUCCCACUGGUGCAGGCGCUGGCCAGGAACCAGCGCUCCCUCUGGCUGGCGGCGGGAGCCGCGCUGGCCCCGGCGGCGGGCGCCGUGACGGGGCUGCUGCUUGCCUACCUGGGCGUGCCGCUCCUGCAGCCGAAGGGGUGGGCCCCGCCGGAGAAGCGGUCGCGGUCGUGCGCCAAAGUGCGCUUCUCCGCCAAGGCGGCCGAGGAGAAGGGCCCGUGGGACGUGAUCAUCGUCGGGUCCGGCAUGGGCGGGCUGACGUGCGGUUCGGUGCUUUCGCAGCUCGGCUACAAGGUCAUGGUCCUUGAGGCGCACGAGGUGGCGGGCGGCUCCACGCACGACUACAACGUCGACGGAAAGACGGACUACAAGUUCCCCUCCGGGCUGCACUACACCAUCCCCGCCAGCGAGGAGAUGCUGCAGGUGUCGUGCGGCGCCGCUCGCCCCCCGGUGCGCUUUGCGCGCAUGGGCGACGACACGGUGCUGCACGACGGCGCCUACGACCGCGUGCGCCUGUCGAGGGCGGGGGACGCCGAGCUGAGGGUGAUCUCGGACACGGCGCUCAAGAAGGACAUGCGCGCGCGGUUUCCUAACCUGGUCCCCCAGCUCGAGCGCUUCGAGCGUGUCAGCACGCAGCUGCUGCAGGCGUUCCCGAUCUGGUCGGCGCUGCACGCCUUCCCGUGGAGCGUGAAGCGGGUCCUUCUGCCCGUCUUGCUUCCCUCCGCGUGGUGGCGCUACGCGGGGCGCUCUGCCAAGGACGUCUUCGAGGAGCUUUUCGCGGACGCCCCCGAGUCGGAGCGGGAGAACGUCAUCAAGAUGCAGGCGUACCUGUGCGGUCUGUUCCUGGACCUCAGGGACUCGGGCUGCGCCCCCGACACCGUCAGCUUCUUCAUGAUCGCCGCGGUGGGCCUCGGCUUCCCCCACGAGGGCGGCGCCUAUCUCGUGAACGGCACGGGGGAGAUGGCCGCGACGCUGGUGCAGGCGAUCGAGGACCGCGGCGGCAGCGUCUUCGUGCGUGCUCCCGUGGCCCGCGUCCUCGUGGAGGAGAGGAGCGGGAGGGCCGUCGGCGUCGAGACGACCAGGGAUGCGGGUGCCGUCAGGCUGAUGGCGAAGUGCUGCGUGGUCUCUGCGUGCGGGUGGCGCAACACGGCUCGCCUCUGCAAGGGGACGGCUUUCCCGAGCCCAGACGAGCUCAAGCUCGGGCAGGGCGACGGCUUCGUCAUGGCCAACAUCGGGAUCAGGGGCUGCGCUGCCGAGCUGAAGCUGGAGUGCGCGAACAUGGAACUGCUGCCCGCGGGGCAGGGCAUGUCUGUCUUCGAUGGCGUCCGGAGGUACAUGAACGACCCGCUGGGUGUGCCCGCAAAGGAUAUCCCGAUGAUGAUCACCUUCCCCAGCGUGAAGGACCGCGCCCACAAGUCGAGGCCUCGGAAGGAGGAAGGCAGGGAGACCGCUCAGCUGCUCUGCCUGGCCAGGACGGAGUGGUUCGGCAAGCUCGAGGAGCCUGACGUGGGCACGGUGGCCACUCCUGCCUGGCGGGAGCCCGUGCGCACCCAGGAGUACAAGGACCUCAAGGGGAGGUGGAUCGAGCGCCUCAGGUCGGUGCUGCUGUCCAUAUACCCUCAGCUCGAGGGCAAAAUCGAGCUCUUCGACCUCUCUACGCCGCAGACCAUCGAGCACUACCUGCCCACGGGCAGCGGCUCCGCCAUCGGCCUGGACACUGCGGCAGGCGUCGGCUGCCGCUUUACCGACUACGGCGUCAUGCGGCUGCUGGACAUGCGGACGCCGGUGCCCGGCCUUUGGAUGACGGGCCAGGACGACGCGCUCAUGUGCGGCGUGCCGCUCGCGCAGGCGGCGGGUCUGCUGACGGCCAUCCGCAUUGCGGGGCCGCUGAGGUCGUCCUGGUUCAUGGCCAGGGCCGCGUGGCUUCUGGCCGCGAGCCUCGGCCACAAGGCCAGGAGUGCGGUGUGUGGCAGCGCCUGACCGGUCUGCCGCGUGGCCGCCGGGCCACCUCGGCGCUCUUCCCGCCUCUUGCCCCCAGGCUCAGACGUAGUGGUAGGGGCCAGUGGCCAGCGCCUGCCAGCAGCGAGGCCGCAUGGGCGUUUGGUCAAUCGGGUGCAGAGGCGAAGACCCUCAGAAGCAGGAUUCUUUUGUCGAGCGGGCCUUGGUCACACAAACAGCUCGCAUCCCCUUCGACGGCAUUUCUAAGUAUGCGAUCGUGAUUAGCUCCCUCCAAGCGUCGUCAUAUACAAACAUAUGGUUUUCCUUGUCUCGUGUCCUUGCACGUAGUCUCCAGUGGGCAAUCACAGAGACCAUGGUUAAAGAGUGUCGCGGACAGAGCAGAGCGUGUUGUGUAGAAGGGCUGCGUGGCCAUUUGGAGUCUUUCGCGGGGCAUUUGUUCGGGCACACCUCGCGUCUCUGAAAAGAAGGGCUCUCAACUCAAAUUGUUGCGCAGAGCCCCUCGAGCGCGUUUGCCUGCGCUGCCUCGUCUCCCGCUCGCUGCGUCCGC